CCUAUCCUAACCACGAACAGUAACUACCCAAAAGCGAGCCAUGGUCGGAUCAGCAAAUAGCUUGCUGUCGGAGAUAUCGGACCACUUCGAGCGACCUUGUUUUAAAAAGUGAUUCCUCCCAUCACCUACCCUACCUCUGUUGCUGAGCUGCCUCUUGAUACAAUCACCUUUCACCACCUUUCGUUUCCACGCUCCCUCUCCGUCUUCCUCCUCCUCCUUCUCCCUGUUGUAACUCCAAAGCGUUGUCACUAUGCGGAGAACUUUCCUCUCCAAGCUUCAGACUCAUGCGCCUAUCGAGGAGAAGCAGCAUGCAAGUAGUGUAGAGGACAAGGAAAUAGGUGGUGCGCUUGUAGGCCAAGCGAUUACGAGCGACACCGACGAGAGUCUUUCUGCAGAUGCCCAAGAUGGUGUACGCAAAAUCCAGGCCACCACCCAGGUCUGGAGCAGAAGACAUCUCAUCUUUGCAUAUGUCAUGAUAUGGGUUAUCGCGUUUGUCGACACCAUGCAGCAGGGAAUGUCCAAUUCUCUCCUCCCAUAUGUCACGAGUAGUUUUCAGCUGCACUCGUUGACGGCUGCAACGGGGAUAAUGUCGAGUAUCAUCGGUGGUCUGAUCAGGUUGCCCCUUGCGAAAGUCCUCGAUAUCUGGGGUCGACCGCAGGGCUUCCUAAUCAUGGUAGGAACGCUGACCAUCGGUCUUAUCAUGAUGGCUGCGUGUAACAACGUCCAAACCUAUGCUGCUGCCCAAGUGUUCUACUGGGUCGGAUACAAUGGGAUGACUUACACAAUAAGCAUUUUCAUUGCCGAUACGUCUGCAUUGAAAAACCGAGCCCUGAUGUUUGCGUUUGUUUCCUCACCUUAUAUAGCUACUGUCUGGAUUGGCGGACCGCUUGCAACUGCCUUCCUGAAUGGCCCCGGCUUCAGGUGGGGAUAUGGUGCUUUUGCCAUUAUUACCCCUAUCAUCACUCUCCCUCUGUACGGGGUGUUUGCCUGGAACUAUAAAAAAGCGAAGGAUUCAGGCUUGUUGUCUGAAAAAGAACGUACCCGUACAUUCUCCCAGUCGUGCAAGUAUUAUUUUAUCGAAUUCGAUGUUAUCGGGAUCCUUCUCUUGGCUGGCGGAUUGGCUCUUUUUCUCCUCCCAUUCAGCCUUUACUCUUAUCAAGAAGAUCGGUGGAGGUCAAGUCUGGUCAUUAGCAUGAUCAUUAUCGGUGGUCUCCUCCUCGUCGCUUUCGCACUAUAUGAGAAGUACCUGGCACCCGUCUGCUUCAUCCCAUUCGGGCUUCUUUUCGAUCGAACUGUGCUAGGCGCCUGUAUUCUUGCAGGAAGCUUGUUUAUUAGCUUCUUCAUCUGGGACAGUUACUUCCCCUCUUUCCUCCAAGUCGUCAACAACUUAUCAAUCACCCAAGCAAGCUAUAUCGUUAAUAUCUACAGUAUCGGCUCCUGCUUUUGGUCCAUCGUUGUAGGUAUCUUGGUGCGGUGGACUGGACGCUUUAAAUGGCUUGCGCUCUAUUUCGGUGUGCCUCUUACUAUUCUCGGCGUCGGUCUCAUGAUCGCCUUCCGCCAGCCGGAUGUCAACAUCGGAUAUAUUAUUAUGUGCCAGAUUUUCAUCGCUUUCGCUGGCGGAACGUUGGUGAUCACAGAACAAAUGGCUGCGAUGGCCGCCACAUCCCAUCAAUACGUCGCCGUCGUUCUCGCCGUUGAAGCCAUGUUUGCAAGCAUUGGUGGUGCGAUUGGUCAAACUGUUGCUGCUGCGAUCUGGACCGGAGUAUUCCCCCAAAGAUUGGCUGAGUACCUACCUGAGGAGGCCAAGGCCAACGCCACUCUCAUCUACGGGGACCUCAGGGUACAAAAGUCGUAUCCAGUUGGAAGUCUUGAAAGGAUUGCUAUUAACAGAGCCUAUGGCGAUGGGCAAAAAUACAUGCUUAUCGGUGGUACCGCGAUCUUGGCUGUCUCUCUUGGAGCUACCAUGAUGUGGAGGGAUAUUAAGGUUAAAGAUUUCAAGCAAGUCAAGGGCCUUGUUGUUUAGAGCGCUCCGUGUAUGUUUUUAUGAUAUUCUGGUAAACUGCUUGCACGCCUGGUGCGCUAGCAUUGCAGCACAAUGCAAUGCCUUUUAGCCGUUGGGCACAUGGUGAGGGGUAAAUUGACCAGGGAAAUGAUGGAUAAUGGGAGUAAAUGGACGGGGUUUUGGGAAAUAUCGGCGCACAGCUUUUCGGUGGCUCUGUUUUCGUUCCCUUAAUUCAUUAAAGUCAAGAAGCAUCUAUUUUCUCAUUUCUGUGAAUUUCUCGUCCUUUUUUAAUCGCCUUUCGGGUUUCAGAUAAGUUAUUUUUAGUACAAGUUCGGAGUACUGUACUAUGAGAUAGGAUAGGCGGCGCUUCACCAUUGAUGUCAUCCUUUCUCUCAAUCGAAGUCCAACGCCCGG